AUGAGUUAUUCUCACCCACCUAUAAUAUUUUUUUCAAUUGGUAAUCCUGGUCCUAUAACUCGUCAUUCAGUUGGUCAUUUCAUGUUAAAACGAUUAAUGGAAUUUUCAAAUUCUUCAAUUAAACAAUUACAUAAUUAUUCAUUAUAUUCAUUAUCCAUCGAUAGUUUAAAUAAUAUAAUUUAUAUUAAAUCAAAUACAUAUAUGAAUGAAUCUUCUAAAGCAUGGAAUAAAUUCAAAUCAUCAAAAGAAUAUAAAUCAUUUUUAAAACAACAAGUUGUUACCGUGAUUGUAUUAUAUGAUGAUUUUGAAAAUAAUCUAGGUACGAUUAAAUUAAAACAAUUUAAGAAAAAUAAAUCCAAUAAAAAUAAUAAUGAAUCACAUAAUGGAUUAAAAGAUUUAAAAUUUGCCAUGAUUGAUAACAAUUUUAAUGAUGAAACAAUUUAUUUACUUGGAAUUGGAAUUGGACCAAAACCAAGUAGCAAUCCUAAUGGAGAAAUUAUGAAACAAUGGAUAUUAAGUCCAUUUAAUAAACAAUCUGAAAAAAUUAAAUUAGAAUUAGAAUCAUUUAAAUUAUUACAAUUAUAUAUUGAUUCAAUGAUUCAACAAAUAAGUAAUGAUAAUGAUAAUGAUAAUGAUAAUAAUGGUAUGAUUAAAGAUAUUAAUAAAUUUAAUGCAAAAAUGACAAAAUUAUGGAAAAGAAAACAAGAAUUAGAAAUUUCACAGACAUGA